AGGGGUAGGGAGGGUUGGCUAUAUAUUGUAUCUGGCCCAGAGAUGAGGUCCAGUUGGCCACUCACAUCAAGUUGAGUGACCACGUCUAGCAGCUAACCCAUAUUCUAGCCACAUCAAUGAUUUUCAAGGUGUUGGGGGUGUUGGCGGUGCUGGCUGCGGUGGUCAACGCUGAGCCUCGCUACGCCAGACCUGGAGAUCAUGAGCCACUUGGCGGCAUCAGAGCACUUCCAGAGCGGCUAGCUCGCCGUGUAUGUUACUAUGAGACCUGGGCCCGCUAUAGACCAGAUGAAGUCCAUUAUGACAUCGAAGACAUCCCUGCUGACCUCUGUACUCACCUUAUCUACUCCUUCUGUGGUGUGUCCAACGUCACUUGGGAGGUCAUGGUCCUGGAUCCUGAGCUGGACAUCAAUGCUGAUGGGUACCGGCGCUUCGUGGCUCUGAAGGACAAGUACCCUGACCUGAAGACAAUGAUUGCAGUUGGUGGCUGGGCUGAGGGAGGUAAAAAGUACUCUCAGAUGGUCGGCGUAGCUGAACGAAGACAAUCUUUCGUCAGGAGUGUUGUUCAGUUGCUGACAGACUACGGCUUCGAUGGAUUCGAUCUGGAUUGGGAGUACCCCGGAGCGACUGACCGUGGUGGUACUUAUGCUGACAAGGAUAAUUACUUAAAAUUGGUUCAAGAACUGAGAGCAGCAUUCGACCAAGUAGGUGCUGGAUGGGACCUGACAGCGGCCGUACCUGUGGCCAGGUUCAGACUGCAGGAUGGAUACCAUGUUCCAGAGCUGUGCAGCUUGCUGGACGCCAUUCACAUGAUGACCUAUGACCUGAGGGGGAACUGGUGUGGCUUCGCUGACGUGCAUUCCAUGCUGUACAAGCGACCCAAGUACGACGAAGGUGGUUACGAGAAGCUCAACGGUAACGACGCUGUCUUACUGUGGGAGGAAUUUGGGUGUCCCGUUGACAAGCUGGUACUGGGUACUCCCUUCUACGGUCGCACUUACACCCUUGGCAGCCCUGAAAACAAUGACAUCCACGCUUCCAUUAAACAGUGGGUGGGUGGUGGAAACCCUGGUCCCUAUACCAACGCCACGGGCACCUUGGCAUAUUUCGAGAUCUGCAAGAUGAUGUUGGAUGACACAGCUUGGGAAGACCGCUACGAUGAUGUUGGACUCGUUCCCUACACAACCAAGGAUGACCAGUGGGUAGGAUACGAGGACCCAGACAGCCUCAAGAUUAAGAUGGACUUCAUCAAGGAGACGAAAAUGCUUGGUGCCAUGACCUGGGCCAUAGACCAGGAUGACUACCUGGGAUGGUGCAACUUAGGCAAAAAUCCCAUGAUGAACGUGAUUUAUGAAGGUAUGAAGGAUUAUAUUGUUCCUGUGGCGCCCACUACCACCACUACGAGAAAUCCAUGGGAACCCACAACCCCUCACUCCACAACUAGGGACCCUAACGCUCCCACAACCACCACUACCACUAGGGACCCCAACGCGCCUACCACCACAUUGGGACCCAUAGACUGUAGUGUCCAGGACUACUGGCCUCACCCUGACUGUGAUAAAUAUUACUGGUGUUUCGACGGAGUGCCACACCUGGAGGAGUGUCCUGCUGGUACCUACUGGAGUCAAGCCAAUAAGAUAUGUGACUGGCCACAGAACGUGGACACCUCUGACUGUAACAUUCCUGCACGCAAGACUCACACCAAACAGAAUCAUGUUCAACCCCCUCCUGCCAAGCCAGCCCCUCACCAGCAUGUAAAGGCUGUUCCUCCACCUCCCCAACCAAAACACGCCAAGGCUGUUCCUGCUCCUCCCCAACCAAAACACGUCAAGGCUGUUCCUGCUCCUCCCCAACCAAAACACGUCAAGGCUGUUCCUGCUCCUCCCCAACCAAAACAUGUCAAUGCUAUCCCCGCUGGCAUAGCCGAAAAAAUCUCUCCCAUUGUGAAGAAGAUGCUGAAGCCACAUCCUUAGUUAAAUAAUGUUAUUAACAGGUAUAAAACAAACCCAGUUUAACAUUAAAACCGAUUUAUGUUCCGAGACUUGCAAAUACGACAUUUCUCGACUUACAAAUUAAAAAAAAAGAUGACAAUCUGCAAUAAACUGAUGUAAUGAAAAAUAUAACUAUAUUCUUAUGUAUGCUAAAAACUGUAUAUAGUGAGUCGCUGUAAUUAAAUACCUCAUAAUACUCUUAUCACGGCUUAAAUAAAAACUAAUACUCAA